UAAUCAUUUAAUCUCCUGUCUAGCACUUCAGACUUUCAGUUCAAACUUGUGAUCGAAAGUCACAGCAAUGCUAUAGUUAUUGCAGCCAAAUUAGGACAGAGAAUUUAAUCAGUUUCAUUCCGAAAAAAAAUUAAAAUGGCUCAAAAUUCUGUUCUCUGUCUGUCGAUUCUUCUUUUUUGCUUCGGAAAAUUAGUGAUUGGGGCUAAUGAUACCAAUCCGCAUAUAAUUAUUAUCGUUGCUGAUGACUUGGGCUGGAAUGACGUGGGAUUUCACGGAUCUAAUCAGAUCCCAACUCCGAAUAUCGAUGCACUUGCUUACAAUGGUGUUAUCCUGAAUAAUCAUUACACUGGUGCAGUAUGCACACCGAGCCGAGCAGCAUUAUUAACGGGAAAAUAUCCUAUUAAUCUUGGGAUGCAGCACUUGGCACUCGAGGCAACCGAACCGAGAGGACUUCCAUUGACUGAAAAAUUACUGCCUCAAUACCUGAAAGAAGAAGGAUAUGCGACCCAUAUCGUUGGGAAAUGGCAUUUGGGUUUCUACAAAAAAGAAUACACCCCGACGUUCAGAGGUUUCGAUUCUCACUUCGGAUACUGGAGUGGACAUCAGGAUUACUAUAAUCACGAGUUUGAGUCAUCGGAUAAUUAUCGUGGUUACGAUAUGAGAAGAAAUAUGUCAGUUUCAUACGAAACUAAAAAUCGCUAUUCCACAGAUCUUUACACAGAAGAAACCAUUCGAUUAAUUGAUAAUCACAACAAAUCCACCCCCAUGUUCAUAUAUCUUGCACAUGCAGCAGUUCACAGUGGAAAUUCAGAGAACCUCUUGCAAGCACCUGACGAGGAAGUAGCGAAAUUCUCAUACAUCAGUGACCCGGAAAGACGAAAAUACGCAGCAAUGGUUUCAAAAUUGGAUGAGAGUGUUGGUGAAGUGGUGGCAGCUCUUCGUAGACGAGAAAUGCUGGGGAACAGUAUUAUUCUAUUUGUGUCUGACAAUGGAGCCCCCACAUUCGGUCCUCAUCACAAUGCUGGGAGUAAUUAUCCCUUCCGUGGGAUGAAAACGACGGCUUGGGAAGGUGCGGUGCAUUGCGUUGCAGCUAUUUGGAGUCCGUUAAUAAAUCAGCCGCAAAGAAUUAGCAAUCAACUUUUUCAUAUGUCAGAUUGGCUCCCCACCCUGAUUUCUGCGGCUGGAAUCAAUACAACACUGCCAAGUCUCGACGGUUUCAACAUGUGGCCAACCAUAACUGACAAUGACACUGCCCCACGUACUGAAGUUCUAAUAAACAUCGAUGGUAUAUCUAAUUACUCAGCGAUAAGAAGUGGUGAUUUUAAAUAUGUCGUCGGCUAUCCCGGUCGGGUUACCGGUUGGUAUGGGAAUUUGAGCACAUCAGGAGACGUCUAUCAGGAUUAUCAACCAGAGAAUGUCCUGAGAUCUAAAGCUGGAGUUGCCAUGAUUGGAUUAUUAACAGAGAGACAGCUUUCCAAUUCCGCCAAUAAUGUUCCAAUGUUGACCCACAGUGACAUUAGAGGUCUGAGAUCGGCAGCAACUCUUUCCUGUGGUGUGGCAGAGGGCCAAGAGAUUCCUUGUGAUCCAACUGUUGCACCCUGUCUCUUCAAUCUCGAAGAAGAUCCCUGUGAAAUGAUAAAUAUCGCGGGCAUACGUCCGGAAAUGGUUCAACUGUUGGAGGAAUCUCUCGAGAAGCACAUGAGCACUGCACUUCCGGCUGCAAAUAUACCGGGGGAUAUCAAAGGUGAUCCUGUUAGGUGGAAGGGUCUCUGGGUGAAUUGGCAAGACCCAAAGCCUGCGAUGACAGCCUAUGUUACUCACAAAACUGACACGAAUUCACUUUCAUCGAGCACAAUUAUCAUUGCAAUUUUAGGCUGUAUUCUAGUUUGCACUGUAGUUAUCAUAAUUAUUCUAGUAAUCAAUAACCGUAGGAAAAGUUCGCACAAAUACAUUGACAUAACGCAUGUUGGUGAGCUGAAAGGUUCUCACCUAUAAGCCAAAGUACUUAAUAUUUACGAAUUACCGAAGGGUAAUUUUCCAUGAAGAAUCUUCACGAUGGAAUGAACUUUGAAUUUACCUCGAAACGAGGCUCCCUUUUAGUUUAGCCCAACUAGUUUUUGUUAGUUUUAAUAUUGUUAUUGGUUAAAACAUUAGAUAAACAAGUUUUUAGCACCGUAAAUAUUAAGCACUUAUGUACUUAUGUAAAUUACCAUCGCCUCAACCAAGUCAGUAUUGAAACAGCAUACGCAUAAACUAUUUUUUUAACCCAAAAAUUGUCAAGACAUGUUACAGCUGUAAAUGGUUUAUAAUUGAUGAUACUGUCAAUGUAAUUAAUAACUCACAAAUAUUUUAUGUCCUCGAGAGCCACUAGUGGGCUGAAAGUUUAGUAAAACCAUUAUAAUUACAUAGAAUUUUUUAAAUCUUAGUUUUUAAGUUAUGCACAUUGUAAAUAUUGACUGUUUUUUUAUGAAUAAAAAAGUGUUAACAAAG